AGAACAGAAGCUCAGGAGAAGAACAGGAGCGGAGGAGAAGAACAGAAGCGCAGGAGUACAUGAGUAGGAGAGGAGCGGAAAGGCAGGAGAGGCGCAGAAGAGCAAGUCUGCUGCUGUAUAUUAGUAGUGAAGGCAAAACCGCAGCUCCACACUGUGGAUUUACACCGACAGAAAACAGCUGAUCCGUCCGCUGAAGCGUCCCCGCUGCGUGUGAGCGCGUAAUGGGAGUAAAUGAACGGAGCGCGCACGGACAACGCGGCGUCGACAAUGACACGGACCCUCGGCACCCUCCUUUACGCGUUUACCUUCGUCCAUAUCCAGAGUGUAAUCUGUGCAGACUCUGAAGAGCGUCUCAUGAACUGGCUUCUGUCAAAAGAGCGUUAUAACAACCUCAUCAGGCCUGCUCUGAACAGAACCGAAAGAGUGACGGUGAGGCUGCAGGUCUCUCUGGCACAGCUCAUCAGCGUGAACGAGAGGGAGCAAAUCAUGACGACAAACGUCUGGCUCACACAGAACUGGAAUGAUUACAGACUAUCAUGGGACCCAUCUGAAUAUGAGGGAAUCGACAAGCUCCGAAUUCCCUCCAGACACAUCUGGCUACCUGACAUUGUAUUAUACAAUAACGCUGAUGGCACGUAUGAGGUGACAGUCUUCACCAACGCUAUUGUGCUGUUCAACGGCAGCAUCGCCUGGCUUCCUCCUGCCAUCUACAAGAGCGCCUGCAAGAUUGAGGUCAAGCACUUCCCCUUUGAUCAGCAAAAUUGCACACUAAAGUUCCGCUCCUGGACAUACGACCACACAGAGAUUGAUCUUGUCCUAAAGUCUGGGGUGGCCAGUAUGGACGAUUUCACUCCUAGUGGAGAGUGGGACAUUUUAGCUCUACCGGGAAGAAGAACAGUCAACCCUCAGGACCCGACUUACGUAGACCUGACGUACGAUUUUAUCAUUAAGCGAAAACCUCUCUUCUACACCAUCAACCUCAUCAUCCCCUGUGUUUUAAUCACCUCACUGGCCAUCCUAGUUUUCUACUUACCCUCAGAUUGUGGUGAGAAGAUGACCCUGUGCAUCUCUGUUCUCCUGGCCCUCACAGUUUUCCUGUUAUUGAUCUCCAAAAUUGUUCCUCCUACAUCCCUGGAUGUCCCUCUAAUUGGCAAGUACCUGAUGUUCACCAUGGUGUUGGUGACGUUCUCCAUUAUCACAAGUGUAUGUGUGCUCAACGUGCAUCAUCGAUCCCCUAGUACUCACACCAUGCCGAAAUGGGUGAAGCUGGUCUUCCUGGACAAACUUCCCAUGUUGCUUUUUAUGCGAAGGCCUGAAGGGAACUCGUCCCGGCAGAGGCUACGUCAGCGGAGACAUCUCAAAGAUAAAAGAGCUCUGUUUGGGCUUAGAAGUCGAGCUCCCUGCAAGUUGGGAAUGUCCUCAUCCGCCUCGGUCUUGCUUGCUGCAUCUUCAGCAUCAGUUCUGUCUUCACCAGGGCACUUUUACAGCAAAGGAAGCAGCUUUUAUAGAAAAGGUGAUAAGCGCCCUACAGAGUUCCUGCCCAAUGGCAACACCUUCAACCAGCGAGACAUGAGAGGAGGUGGAGGACAAUCAGACCUGGGUGCUGAUGUUCAAGAAGCAGUGGAUGGAGUUUGCUAUGUAGCUGACCACAUGAUGGGAAAUGACGAUGACCAGAGUGUUAUUGAAGACUGGAAGUAUGUUGCCAUGGUGGUGGAUCGGAUGUUUCUGUGGAUCUUUGUAAUUGUGUGUGUGGUUGGGACAUUGGGCCUUUUCCUUCAGCCUGUCUUCCAGAACCAGACAGUUCCUGUCCAUCAGCCGAAUGCUGAAUCUUCUAGAAGGGAUGGGAUGUAAAGUAUGUGUUGUUAUGGGAUGACAGACAUCAGAUUUAAAAUUCCAAAAAAUUGAUAUGUCAUUUGUCAUGAUAUUUGUAAGGUAUUGAGAAUGGACUUGUGGUAUAAUCAGCUAUAAAGACAGUUUUCUGUUGAACUGAAGGUUAAAUCAGAUUGAAUGCUGGAUAGAAAUGAUAAAGCCUUUAUAACAGAUGGCUAAAUGUCUUUAGGAUUAUAACAAAAUAAAGUUAAAGACACUGUCACUGUUUAUCUAAAAAUAUUACUUCAGUCUAAUAAACCAGUGAAUUAAAAAUUUAUCAGUUAAUGUUUCAUGGUUCAUCUCUUUCUUUAGCUGUAUCUGGACAAUAUGGUACUUUUACCUCAAAUGUUCUAUUAUUAUGUGGAAUAAUACAAAUCUAAUAAAAAUUGAUCUCCAAUAGCAAUGAUCUGAUUAAAUGCUUCCCCCGGUUGUUGUGCAUUUGUUUAGUCGUGUUAGAUGGGAGGCUAAAAUCCGAUCUGUAUCAAUAACUCUACAUUAAACUAAUAAAGACUUACUGAUGACAAAAUAAGAAUUAUGUGGAGCAAAUAUGGAGUUAAAGACUGAUAGAAGACAGCUGAGAGUCAGCUACAUUUGUUUUUUUUUUGUUUUUUUUAAAUGUUUCUGU